AUGGACGUCCCGUUCGUUACGGAAGCCAACCAGAACCUUUUUACACACUACGACUGGGACCAUCGAGAUGGCGAUGAUUGCAUCUUCGUGUUGGAGGUCGCCUGCGACCUGCCCGACCCGGAAUGCUAUCAGACAGCCGUCACGCUCAUCCGACGAUUUGUUCCUGAUCCCGCCGGCGGCACAUUUGGUCCCCCGUACCAUCUCUAUCCGGGUUUUCGUGAGUUGGAGGACGUCAUAGACACGUCAAUCUCGACCAUCGCACGUCUUGUCAUGACGCUGGACUUAGGCUUCGUCAAUAUUGCAUUACGUUCCAUUGCAGUGCUUUACUCGCUGUACGGUCUGCGCCAGAAGGCCAUGUAUAACCAGGCCAUGCUCGAUUUGCAGGGUCAAUCUCUGUCCAUCGACGAGCUGUUCGAUCUGGUGACCGACAAGGCUCGACUUGCGUAUCAGAGUGGCCACAUCGUCCAACACCUGUUCGUCAUAGACGAACUUGUGAAUUGGUUGUACUAUCGCUUCAGGAGGAACGACUUAACCCGAAAUUUAAUCAUCAAUGUUGGCGGGUUGUGCUUGAAGAUAAUCGUGUCUCAUAGAAGCGCUCAAAGGUGGUAUUUCCGCUGCUGGGUUUAUCUGUGGUACGCUCAUGCUUCCGAUUUCAGUCUUACCAAUGGCUCGAGUUCGCCUACGAAGUCCUGA